UAUACGUUUUCACUACGUUACUUUUCGCAGUUAUACACCAAGUCGCCCGCGGCAUGCCAGUCCCCUGCUAACGUUAGCAUCACGAUUGCAGCCUCUCAGCCUUGUCCAGAACUGAUUCAGACGUGACUGUCUUUUGCCGGCCCUAAAUAGCGAUGGCUAUGCAAAGCGAGGCACGAUGUCUCAUCGAGAGGAUUAACCGCGAGUACACUCUGAACGCAGCCAUCAUUGGGAAACGAUUCGAAUCGCUAGUGAGCAGCUGUCUCGAAAAUCUAUCAGGUCAGCUUUACGAGCGAUCGACGCAUUUCUUGCUAGAAAUUAUACAAAAUGCGGACGAUAAUACCUAUGCCACUACAACUCCAACAUUGAGCUUCUCCUACAAACCCGGCUUUCUUCGUAUUGAUUGCAAUGAGGUCGGCUUCACAGCAGAAAACGUCGAAGCGAUUUGUGCCAUCAGUCGAAGCACAGAGUUUGACAAGGCAACCGACGGGGAGUAUAUUGGCGAGAAAGGUAUUGGAUUCAAGUCUGUGUUCAAAGCUGCAGAUACAGUGUGGAUAUCAUCCUGCGAUUUCACAUUCAAAUUCGACAAGACUAAGUUUCUCGGCAUGGUUGCGCCCAUCUGGGCUGAAUUUCCCGAACCUGCUCGGCCUGGAUGGACUUCGAUCUACCUCGAACUUUCAAAAGCCUACGAGGAAGAAACACUCAUUCAUGAGCUUCUUACUUUCGAUGCUAACCUGCUUAUAUUUCUCAGACGUAUCAAGGAGGUUGAUGUCCGGGUGGCCGACCGAAACAAUGCAGUCUGGGAACAGAAGUUCUGGAAAGUCGAAAGUCAGCAAGAAGGGCAUCGCAUUACUGUUUUGCAUGCAGGAGGAAGUACUUUUCGAUACCUGAUCAGGAGUCACAUCAUCGAAAAUCUUCCCAACGAGUUGAAGCGUCCGAAUUGGCACUCAACAAAGAUAGUACUGGGGUUUCCUAUGACCGAAACCCUCAGCCAACCUCAGCUUGUUCCUCAAAAUGUUUACGCAUUUCUCCCGAUCCGAAAAUAUGGCUUGAAGUUCCUUUUGCAAGGAGAUUUUCUGCUUACUGCCAGUCGAGAGGAUAUCGAAAGCACUCUGCUAUGGAAUCGCACAAUUCGGGAUGCUGUAGCAGAAGCGUUUCUUAUCUCCGUUCAUCAGUUCAACAAAGGGGACAUGAAGUAUGUCUGGCCCUGGUAUCUCCCAAAUCCUCCGACCAAUACAGUGUCCUUCUUUGAUCCGGCGAUUGAAUCGAUAUUGGAGCAACUCAAAGAUCUUCCUGUAUUAGAAUCUAGUGCGGGAACCAUGGAAAAGGCGUCCCGUCUGAAAUAUGUGCCCAUAGAUUCGUUCGUGGACGAAGAAGGCAAUCCGUUCACCCUCAGUGAACACACAGCGACCGGAUAUUUGUCAUCAAAGUACCCUUCGUGGGCUAUUGAGGGGGUCGGACUGAUCGGGGUAUCUCAUCUUACUCCCCAGGAAUUCUUGGCAGAUCUCAAGUCAAACAUCACACAGGAUCCGCAGACUUUUCGUACGAGAUCAGCUACAUGGCAUUCGCAGCUCGCAGAAACCCUCGUCAAACUUGCGGCCGAUGCUGAACUUCUAUCUGUCAUUCAGGGCAUAUGUCUCAUACCACUGAACGACGGUUCCUGGACUUCAGCUAGCGGGCAGUCCAUGUUCUUUUCCAAAGGCGAAUCGUCUCUGGAAAUCCCGAAUGGAAUCGAGGUGCUCAUAGUCGACUCGUCGGCAGAGAGUGAUUCCAUUAGACGUAGGCUUUUCGUGAGCCUAGGCGUUAAGGCUUGGGAGGCACCCGAAAUAUGUCGUUUGAUCCUACAAGUACACGAGUCGCCGGACUUUGACGCCAAAAGAUUGACUGUGGAUCAACUGAUCUCUCACGCUGUAUUUCUAUACAAAGCAUCUUGGCAACCACCUAAGAACACGGAAAUAUGGUUCGCCACAAUGCAAAACGAGCGGUGCGUAGGACGAGAGCUGUACAUCAACGCAUCCAUUGGAACAGACUCACCGGCUUCCAGGAUCUUCGCCAAACUUCAAACGCAGUUUGCAGUCAUGCAUGAUGACUAUCGCAAAUGUUGCCUGUCGGAUGUGGAAUGGCCCCUUUGGCUUGUCAAUAAUCUUGGCCUAUCCAUGGUUCCCCGCCUGGUCAUGCCGCUCGUGGAACCGAAACCGCAGCCCGUGCAGACCGCAGAUAUUCAAUUGGAAUUGCUCGAAAGCACGGGACAGGCAGCACACGAAGGGCGUACAGAGAUGGCACAGGAUACAUCGGGCCCAGCCCCUCAGUCUCAAGCGGAUGGUGAAGACUUCUUAGGACAGAAACCCUACCCGAUUGUCCCACAAUACUCCGUUCCUGAUGUCCAACCUCUAGUUGAAAUGCAUCCCGUAUUGCUGGAUUGGCAAAGGCAAAUGGCGGAUUAUCAAAGGCAAAUGAUGCUGAUAGAGCAACAAAACCAGGGGAGUCUACCAAUUUUUGAAGAGGGCCAAGAUAAACUUGAGCAAAAUUCAACGCAGCUGCGGUAUCCAACAUCUUCCGUAUCGAUCGAGAGUAAUGGCGCCAAAGAGGCUUUGGCUACGGUCGAUACGGCAGUACCGACUGGCAACGCCAAACAAAUAUUCACUUUGUCUAAUGAGUUCAGUUUCAUGUUCCGCGAAUGCCAGUCAUCCGACGUCCUCCAAGUUCUGCGAGAUAACUGGCACCAUUAUUCUCAAUGGAUUGACGGAGUACACAUGGUAUGGCAGGAUCCUGAGUUCGUUGGCUCAAGUAUCCAAUUGAGAAACGAGAUGGGAUCUUGCUUAGUUCAAAGCGCAAAAGGCGCAACGCCUUUACAAAGGACAGUUCUUCCAUCGAUCGACCCUCAACUUGACGAACAGUGCCGCAUACCAACAGUGAGUAUCACUGAUCCAAAGCAUACCGAUUGGAGACUAUUAGCUCUCUUUGGUGUCGUCAUAGAAGCGGAUAUACAUUACUAUCUACGCUGUUUGAUCGCGAUCUCAGAUGAACAUCAUCCAGAUGUUGAUAGUGUCACCUACAUUUAUGAGAAAAUUCAGACCUUGUAUAAAGGGAACGAGGAGCUCAUCAGCGCGGCGUUCCAUGAGAGAAACAUUGUUUUGACUCACGUGAAUUCAUCAAGAGCGCAUGAGCCUGUGGUCUGGACGAACAUGAAAGACUGCUUGGAGAAGAACAUCAUUGUUGAAGGAGACUAUCCCAGCUGUUCUCUUCUCUUUCGGUGCCUGAGGUCUCCCUCAGGGGACCCAAUUGCAUCUAUUGUUGCGACAGCGACCUUGAUUGAUCAUUCGAGCAGACUGGAAGAUAUCUCCCGCUUGUUCCGUGAUAUCAGCAAGGCGCUACAGGCUGUUAAUACUACACAGGCAGCUCAGCUGGUCCAGCCUCUACAAAACCUCUCAAUUUUCCCAAUUACCAACGGCCCAGGGGAACGCACAUAUGACAUGCUAGUGAGUAUGCACGACACAUCGUGGUUUAUAGCCGACCGCCCAAUCUUGUGGAAGAGUUUUCACGGCAAGAUACCACUUGUCGCUUUGCCAACGGAGGACAUACAUGCAUUGGAAGAUCUGCUUCGUGUUUUAAGACUUGACAGUCGUCUUCUCUCCAAACUCACGACAAACCGGACGCGUCCGGUAGGGAAAGCAACGACACAUUGCGCCUGGUCAAGGUCUCUUCAGGCCAAAAGCUCUUUCAUCAAAGCACUGAUACCGCACUCGCACUGCGAUAGAGGAUCUGCCGUGCAACAAAUCGAUAAUCUACGAGUGAGUGUAGUGUUGCGUAUAGCUAAGACUUUUGUGUUUAGUAAUGACGGAACUGACAUCGAAGGCCAUUCUGUUGAUGGCCAAUUGACUUUGUCUAACACAGCGAAUCGACUUGACAUAUUUCUGGCAGAAGAUUGUGCAGCAGCUGAAACCUUACCGUAUGAGCUCGUGGCUCUUUUGGCAGAUGCAUUCGAAAUCAAAACUGCCAGCCACCGCUCAUUGCUAACCACAGUUCUACUCAGUUCGAGUAUGCAAACUAUCUCCUCUGCCUUUGUUCAAGAUGGGGUCCAUGUUGCAGGGUUAGUAUCCAAUAAGUCGCAAAAUCAGUACCGAGCCCAACAAGGAGAUUUGUUACGUAUCCCUUCUCCGUUUUUGGGGGCCAUGACCAGCAGACGUGGGUAUGGUUCAGGUCUGCCAGAUGCACUAAGACACGAUCAUUUUGAAAGUAAACGGAGAGAUCAUGACUUUGAAGAUGAUCGACGCUUGCCCAUGAAGGAAUUCAUGCAACUAGACUGGUCGAACUUCGAGAAAAUACAACGCGUUCCUACUCGAACAAGAGGAUGGGAGCACACUCAACAUCUGGGUGAGCACAUGGUUUCCAAAGCCUUUCAGGCCUACCUAGGAGAUGCCUACCAUCCAGUAAGGGACUGGACUAGCGAGUUCCGCAGUAGGUCUGGUCACAAACCAUUGGAAAGCUCAAACGCAUGCGCAGCCUUCACCAUGAGCGACUCGAAAGUUGUGGAGGCAAUGACAUCCUUUCUUACCAAAUUCGGACAGUCGUCGGAUUCAAAAUGGAGAGAGAAGCUAUUGGCUAGCUCACCGGUCUACCACGUAGAUGUGAUCGUCAACACAGGGAGCAAAGCUUCCCCCUUCGUUAUCACCUCAUCGCAGGUUGAACGAAUGCGACACCUCACUAUGUGUGAUCACACUACUGGAACAAGCACUGAUAUCUCCAUCUUGGUUCGACUAAGCGAUGUGUAUUCUAUGGAUACAUUGUCUGUUGACCUUUUCAUCAAUCCAUGGCGGCUAUUCAAUUCUGGAAAUCUAACUUUGGAGAAUGAUUGGAUUCUUACAGGCACAUUGCAGGAUUCAGGCUCAGGCUCUAUGAGAAAGAGACGUAAACUGUACACACCAUCCAUACCAUGGGAUGUGAGACAAGCUCUAGGGAAACCUCAGAACUACUCUGAUUCUCGGCGUGGCUGUCAAAACGAAAGAGCAUACACCUACCAGGCUAUGGAACCUGAGGGUAUUCGCUUGGUUCAUCUGCUGCCUGGCGAAUCCGUCGACAGUUUGCAGGGCGUCAUCCUCCACGUCUCAUCUGUAUCACCCCCACCAUACCGGGCUCUGUCCUAUGUUUGGGGUACAGAUCUGAGAACUCAUGAACUAAUGACUCCAGAUGGUGUGCUUCGAAUCACACAGUCUUUGGACAAAGCCUUGCGAAGUUUGCGACCCAAAACACAGCCACUGAUCUUGUGGGUAGAUGCUAUCUGCAUAAAUCAGAUUGAUGAUAGAGAGAAAGAGAAGCAAAUUCGUCUGAUGCCGCAGAUCUUCCAAAACGCAUCAUUUACAUACGUUUUCCUCGAUGGCGAUCAAGACAGUGAUAUCGCCAUUGAAACGUUGAUGCAAAUACAUGUCAAAGCAGCUUCCGAAGAGCAGUCGAGACACGGCAGAUUUAAGUCGAACAGUACACAUCAAAAGAGCAAAUCGCAUUUGCGAUAUGAAAAUGCCUCAGAAGGACGAACCUUGUUCACGCAGGAAAGUUCAGAGAAUGAGACUGACCAGGAGGGUUGGCCGGACUAUUUACCCAAAGUACCUGCAUCCUGGAGCGAAAGAUGCAUCCCUCAAAUCGACGACGAUAUAUGGGAUUCUGUCAAAGCACUGUUUUCUCUUUCAUGGUUCCACAGAGUCUGGAUUAUCCAAGAAGUUGUCAUGGCGCAUAAUGUAAGGAUUGUGUGCGGCAGAUGGAUUGUUGAUUGGAGCGACCUUCAUCAUGCCAUGGGUAUUGUCGACCGACAGUUUCAACUCGCCGAUACUGAUAUGACGCUUCUCAGACCGAGCUGGGAAUCUUUCUUAUCGUUGGCGGCACAGCGCGAGUGGGAGGCUAGGCAACGUCGUUGGCCACUUCUCAUGCUACUCGAGCAUUUCCGAUCUGCUGAAUCGACACUUAGUCGAGAUCGCCUGUUUGCCUUGUUAGGACUGGCUUGUGACGGCGACGAGGCGGAUUUCGAACCAGACUACAAAAGCUCACUUGAAGAGGUUUUGUUGAGAUUUGCCCGCGUUUUUGUCCGCCAGGGGAGGGGCAUGCAACUACUUUACCUUGCGGGUCUGAAUAACCGAUCGCAUCGAUUUCCAUCGUGGAUCCCGGACUGGACUAUUCGAAAACCGAAUAGACUUCACGACUUCUCCGAAGGUGACAUCACGUUUGCAGCUUCUGGACCUCAGCAACCGGUGGUUGCAACCUGUCCUGAUACGGAUGAAUUACUUGUGGAAGGCUACACUGUCGACGUUAUUGAAAAUAUCAGUUCCUCAUCAAACACGGAGGAAGACCUGGCUCUGUAUAUCAAAGAAGUGAGCUGUAUGGUUGAUACUGCCGUUCUGAGUCGAGUUCCGGAUUCGCGCGAAGCCUUGAAGUGGAAGGUGCCGAUUGCUGGCCUCUUGCACCCAAGAGUUGCAGUCCCUGGGGAGCUCAGCUUGGAAUCAUCGUAUAUGGCGUUGCGAAAGUACAUCGGCCUUGACAAGGAUGCAAAGUUGUUCGACAAACAAGGUCGUUUUAUCAAUCGCGGUGGGUACUCGAAUGCCUAUGUGAAGAUCAUGACAUCCAGAUCCUACUUGAAGCAGAGUGCGAGCUAUAUAGCUGCACUUCAUGACACCCCACUCGGAUGGAGAUUUGUCAUCACCGGACAAGGGUUCGUUGGUACUGUGCCAAACCUGGCGCAAGUUGGCGAUGCGGUUGUGAUAAUGAAGGGUGGGCGCGUGCCUUUUGUCUUGCGGAAGAGUUGCGAAAGACCUGGGGCAUCUCGGCUCGUUGGGGGUUGUUAUAUCCAUGGCUUGAUGAACGGUGAGGGCUUGUCGUUGCCGGGAUUGGUGGAGCAUACUUUCCGGAUUUGUUAGUAGUUGGUGUGAGGAGGGAUUAGAAAGCUUUCUUUCUGGUAGAUAGAAAUGUAACUCUAGAGACCCU